AUGCCCGUGCGGGUCAUGUCCUCGCUCCGCUGGCAGCCCCUCCCCCCCCUGAGUGAGCGCAGGGUGUACUGCAGUGCCUGCUCUGACCAGCGGGGGGCGUCUCUGCUGUAUGUGCUGGGAGGCUGUGGCGAAGGGGGCGGAGCUUCUAACGCUGCGAUGCGAUUGGACGUGAGCGCGCAGCGGUGGAACGCCUUGCCUCCAAUGCACGCGGCGAGGGCCGGAGCCGUUGCUGUGGCGAUGGAGGCGGGGCAGGUGCUGGUGGUAGGCGGAGUCGACCACGCCCAAACACCACUCGCCACGGUGGAGACGUAUCGCCCCGACGAAGGCAAGUGGCAGGUCACGGCUGCCCUGGAGCAGGCUGCAAUGGGAGUGACGGCCAUCGAGAACGGGGAUUCUCGCGGUACUGCAGACUGA